AAUUUCAUUUUGGAAAAAAAAAAAUAAUAAUAAUAAUAAUAAAGAGCUACUCAUGGAACUUCUUAUCCACUUCCAUGCCAUGGCUGGUCCUGUUUGUGCUGUGUCGUGUUGUGUUGGGAGGUAGAGAGUGAAGAAGAAGAAGAAGAUCUCGAUCGGUUCCGCUGUUUGUGUUGUGUCGUGAUCGAUAACAAAAGACAGAGAAGAGCAGCAGUACAAAAUUAGCUAAGAAGCAGAGUAGUAGAGCAGACUCAGACCAGCAAAUCCAAAUGCUCCUCAGCUUCAUACCCCCGAAUCGGCAACCCGCCGCUUCCCUGUCCCCCAUCUCCUUCUCCUGCUGCUCUGCUGUCUCUUCUUCUCCUCCUCCUCCUCCUCCUCCUCCUCCUUUGAAGCCUCCCUGGUAACGGAUCCUGCCUCUUUCCAAGUGGGGCGUCUUAUUGGCAGCUAUGGCUUCAUCAACAUCGCCAGGUUCUUUCCUUCUUCCUUCUUUUUGUAACUGCGCUGCCUGCCUUUGCACUCUUCCUUUUCUUCCUCUGCUGGUUCUUUUCUAUUGUAAUUAAAUAUCUAAAUUGAGGUUUUAGACAUUGUGGAAUGCUUUAAAAUCAAAGGAGAUGAUCAGACGGAGCAGAUACUUCAUCCUCAAGCUUCUUUGAGGUGCUAUGGUUGGGUUAGCUUUCAUGCAUGAACAUGAUGAUAGAUUGCAUCAGAGUCUUGGACCCCCAUCUAUUAUCCUCAAGUAUGUUUAAUUUGGGGGUUCCAUCUUGCAGCAUUUUUGUUCCAUAUUAGGCUGUGCUAAUUUAUCACAUGUUUGUAUCAUGAACGUUUUUCACCAUUUCUAAUAAUGCAGCACUAUUGUAGAGAAGGAAGCUGCAUAUUUGAUCCCACAACUUCGGGAUCUAGCAUUUUCUGUUGACCUCAGGUAUAACUAGUUUUCAUUCUUAGUGCUUUGCUUGGAAGAGUUUCUCUUGUUCUCUUGCUAGUCUGAGCUGUGAGCAAACGUUACGUUGCAGUAGUUGGUUCUACAUACUCAAACUAUUUAUAAUCAUUAUACAGCAUAUAAAGCUAUAUCCAAAUUUAAAAAUCGAACAGCACCUCCGAGCUGAAGAGGGACAAAAAAGUGCGGGGAAAAGCAAAUUUCUACAGAUGCGUGAAUCCAAAUAAAGAGGAAAUUCUAUCAUUCACAUACUUGAAAUACAUGUAUAGUACGUACAUACAUGUAUUUUUAAUUGAAAAACUUCAAGUAAUUUACGUAUAACUCAAGAAAAUUAUGUAAAGAGCAAGUAAAUUACUUGAGGUCAAGUAACUUACUUGAAAAAAUACAAGUAAUUUACUUGCAUGUACCAUACAUAUAUUUCAACCCUGAUUUUUGGUUGCCACCUUUCGGUAUGAUAGGGGUGACAGCAGAUUGCCCUAAUAAGAUCAUUGCUCAAAUAUUUGUCCCGUCAAACAUUGAUCAUCUCCUCCAUUUCGAAACUGCUAGUUCUAGGAACCAGUGGUGUUCGAUGUCCCCAACCCAGCAAAAGUAACUGUUACUAGAUCUUGGUGCGGCCAGGCAUGUCCGAUCCCCCCUUUCCAGCUUCUCUCUCUCUCUCUCUCUCUCUCUCUCUCUCUCUCCCCUUUCAAUAAGUGUUGUUUCCAUUCAUUCCUCAAAAAAUAUGUACAAGAUUGAUACAACACUCAUCCACAGCCCAACUUAUUUCCAGCUCUUUUUAUCAGAAAAGGAAGCAAAAAACUGAGAACAGGAUGAAGUCAAAUCUUUUUAUAUUUUGUUGAUGGAAGGAGUUGUUGAGUGUGGCUCGAAUUCUCAUCCCAAGACUUGAAGGCAACAGGAAAAACCUAGGUUGCAGAUAGUCGAUUGCAGCAUUGCAAACAGCCAACUGCAGUUUGAAUAGGCUGAUUAGGACCAAAGCCACAGACAGUCGACUGUGGUAAGCCGCGGAGUUAAUUGUAGAAAGUAGCACCUGAGCGAGAUCUAGCAUAAUCACAAUAAAUUUGGCUAUGUUAUUUCCUUGCUCAUUUCAUUUCUUUCCUGUAUGGGACUUAUUUUCCCCGAUUCUUUUCUUCUUGUACAAGAAUAUAUUAGUAGGGGGUGAGAGAAAGAGAGAUUAUCUAGAGAGAGAACAUUGUAAUUGGGGUUUCGGGAAAACACUCUUUACUCCACGACUUCAUUGCCCAUAGUAAAAGAAGAACCGGCAAAGCCUCCUUUGCUUGUGGACAUACAGCUGGCACACUACCGGCCUAAACCACGUACACAAGUGUGCAAGCUUCUGUUCCCUUAUCUCCUUUCAAUUGUUUUGUCAAGAUUAUCGUGAGUUAGAUCCCUUUCGAUCCUUACAAGUUGAUCUCAACCAACGAUCGAUCCCGACAGGAGUCAUAAAAAUAUAUUAUAUAUUUUGAGUCAUGGUACUCAUUGAAUCAGUUGGAAACUUUUUUAGUAUAAUUCUAUUCGUCUCGUUGAGUGCAAACUUGGAACUACCAAAAGUUCUCUCAUCCACAGAAGUCUUUUGGAGGGUAGGCUGCUGAAUAAAGUUUCUUGCUUGUUUGUUCAAAACCAGCACGUUUCUUCUUGAGGAAUAAUUUAUCUCAGUGUUGAUGGUGAUGCCUUGUGACUGCUAGAGUACAAGUUAAUUGAGUUUCACCCUCGCGCUGGCAUCUUCUAAUUUAUUUUUCUCCACAUAAGUUAAUAUAAAUUUUCAUUAAAGUACUUUUUCUAUUUACGUCCCAUCGCAUGCAAUGCUAUUUGCCUUCCAGAUACCCAAACCCUUAUGAUGGAAGUCUUAUUCUCUCAGCUACUUUGGAGACGUGCAGCUGCAGCUGGUGCAUUCACAUAUAUGGAGAAGAGAGCUUUUGGAAUAGCUGAUGACAUAUAAUUUUACUAGAGCGUUUUUGUUUAAAGUUUUAAUUGGAAAAAGUAGGCUUUUCCUUCAAACAUAUGAUUUCCAAGGACUUCUCUGUUACUCCUACCAGAUAUGAAGUGCGGCUUCUAUUUACGUACUUUGUCUUUCGUUCCAUUCUGUGAAGCAGGCAUCAUGGACGGUCUCUCUUUGCGGGUAAGCUCUUCAUCGUGGAGUUAUCUACAAUAAUUUGCCGCCCUCUACAUUAUUUGUUUCUUUCUCAGUCAGUGUAUGAGGAGCUAGUCUUCUGGAGCUUGGCGUUUUGUGUCAGCUUAAUUGAUUGUUGCAUUAUUGCAGGGGAUAAUUAUCAUUACUUCCAGUUGUAUCUCUCUUCCUUUCAUAGAGAUGGGUUGGGACAAAGAAAUUAUGUCCUGCCUGAUUGAACUUGGGCUUUCAAGUUAGAUUUGAACUGACAGGAAUUGCUAUUGAACUACUGAAGUGCGGUAAAAGAAGCUGCAAUCCCCUAAUUAUCAAGGACUUCUUAUCUCGUCUCUAAAAUUGCUUGGCUUGUUUUUUGAUCUGUUCAUAGCAAAUAAAUUAAUAACUAUGACCAAGAGUGCAGCUUAGAUCAGCGGGCACAGAGUGUGCCAUAGCCAAGUAUUCAUUUGGUUGGAUCUAUACUUGGUUUACAAGAAGCCUCCUGCCCUCCCUGUGUACGUUUGCGCACGUGUUUGUGUCUGAAUUUGGUCUCCCUCACAAAAUUCUCUAAAGUCUUAUGUGGCAGCAGUAACUGUUGAUUCCUCUAUUGCAGAGGCUCUUGGAGAACACUUUCUGAAGCCAUGAAAGAGUGAUCCUGUUACAACACAUUUAAUUUUGGAAGUUAUCUUUUGUUGUCGAAUAUGACAUGCUUAAUCUCUAGGAUAUGCUAGUACUAUUGUGUGUGAACCGUCUUCUGAUGUGGAUAAUCGUCCUUUUGCAACAUAUGCAUACUUUAUAUGGGCUUGAGAAAAGAAACGGACACCUGUGCUCUUUUUUUUAAGAUGAAGAGAUGGGAGAUUAAAAUUAAUUUUAAAUUAAAAUUAAAAAUUAAAAUUAAUUUUUGUUAUUUUAACUUAGAAAAUAAACGGGAAUUUUUGUGUCUAUGAAGGAAUUAAAUUAAGUCUGACAACAAACUGCAGCUUUCGGUCUUGAAAACACAAAAAGCCAAUAAAAAGUAAAGACGACAAAAUGCAGGAGGAGCAUUUAUUUAUUUCCGCGUAAUGUAGUGUAGUGUAGUGUAGUGUAGUGUAGUGUAACGUCAGCCUUUCCCGGCUUUUUUGACCGUUGACUAUGUUGACUAGAUCAUGUGAAAAGGAUCUCCACGACUGACCUGGUGGACUGCAAGAGCAGAGCAAACAAUCCCUUCCUAUCCUUAAACCUAUAGAGCAAGAGCAAGAGCCAGAGCAGAGAGGACUAAAAAAACUACAGGUGAGGGAGAGGGAAGUUCUCCUCUCGGUCCCAUCCCAUAUAGUUGCUCUUCAGAUCAGACAGCACAAAUACCCGUUGUUGAGAUCACCGCUUCAGAUGGUCCCACAAGGACCAGCCUCCGGUUCAAACUAUUCAAAAAUAAGCUACCGGCCGGUUCAGCUGUCCGACCUUGAAGCAUUACUGCAACUUCACAAUGAUGUAUUUCCUACCAGGUGUGAAUCGGAGUCUUUCCAAAAUGCUGUGAUUGGACAUAACGCCUUUUCUUGGGUUGCUGUUGACCAUAACCGAGGCGAUGGAAAAGACGAUCGAGUCAUUGGAUUUGUCUCAGCACAUAUGCUUCCUGCAAAAGAAAGUGAGGUUGCAGAUUCGCUCAUCUCUGGCUCUUCAGACCCACAGCAGUCAGUCAUCUUCAUUCUUAUGCUUGGAGUGACGGAAACUUACAGAAAGCUUGGCAUAGCCACUCGGCUCUUGCAUGAGGUUCUAAAGCAUGCCUCGAAAACUCCCAUUUGCUGCGCUGUUUAUCUGCACGUGGCAUCUUAUAACAUUCCUGCUAUUCAAUUGUACAAGAAACUCUCAUUCAAAUGCCUGCGGACUCUCAGAGAUUAUUAUGACACGAAUGGGCAGCAUGAUGAUGCCUACUUGUUUGUCUACUUUCCACCCCACCGUAAGUUUCAGGAAACCAGCUCCCGCACCGCAAAGAUCUUGAGCAGUGGCGUUUCUGCUGAUUUGUACAAUGCAGCAGAGGGUCGUCAUGAGAUACAACAAGAAUACCAGCAAGCUUGUUUUAGGAUAGCUAGUUAGAGUGAGAACGAACAGAAAGGCCAGAGGAAGUCAAUGGAUGACCAUGACGACAAUGGCGACAUGGACGGAUGAACAAGGGAUCCUUCAGAGCCUUGAGUCGAAAAGGGACCAGGGAUAACGUUCAUGUAACACGGUUCAUCGACAAUGUGGAGCUCAGCCAGAGUUGUUUAUCUCGUGGAAUGGAGCUCUUGAAUUUUUCCCUGGCGGUGGUGGUAUUGGGUAAUUUCAAACAACUUUGGUUCGGGAAAGCAAAUAUUUGACGAAGAAGGGCAACUAGAAAGAAAGAAAAGCACGACGCUUUGGUUCAUUGAAAAAAGCACAACACUUUGUUACUGCUGGCACUCUUUUAUUGACACUAAUAUUAAAAACAUGCGCUUUGCUGCGGCCUUCAGAUUUA